UAUACCUCAAAAUCCUUGUGUUCCAACUCUUGCUUACGACCAAAAAAGUAUUUGGAUAACUUGGAAUAGACCUGACAAUACUGACAAAGGAUUACUUGAUUAUAAUGUUUAUAUGAAUGGAAAUAAAAUUGGUUCUUCUUCAGAAAAUGCUAAUAAUUAUGCAAUUUCAGCCCCAUAUAUAAAUAAUUUCCACAAUGUUGACAAAAUUAAAUUUCAUGUUCCAACAUUGUUUAACUCUUUUUAUGUAGACAAUUUAGAAGCAAAUACUCUUUAUAAAUUUACAAUUCGUGCAGUAUAUUCUGAUGGAGAAUCUGAAGAAAGUGUUACUCUUACUGCCAAAACUUACUGCCAAAGCUGUAUGGCUGGAAGCCAUACAGCUGCUUGGAUAAAAAAUUUACUUGUUGAGUACAAUGUAAUAGUCUCGGCAUCAAAUGGUAUUCGUUGUAAAAGUAGCCCGCCAAUGGGUGGAGGUGUAAUGAAUGCUGUAUUUAGAAAUAUUGCAAUGUUAAAUGUUGGAAGUAAAAAUACAGCAAAUUUAGGAAAUAUUCAAUUAGAUGGAAUAACAGAAGAAGGAAGUGCUAUAAUUUUAACAUUAAAUUAUUUAGACGAAACAAGUGAUUUAAAAUUCCAAAAAGCAGUAAAUUCAACAAAUUUUGAAGAAAUUGAAUUUAGUGAAAUAACAAUAGAUAAUGUUAAUAAAGGAAAUUCUGGACCUUCUAUUUUAAUGGAGGGAUAUGAUAAAAGCCAAACUAAUUAUCCAAAAACUUAUUUAAAAAAUAUUGUAAGUUUAUUUUAUUAA